GGCCUAAUCCACUCACUUUCCGUCUUUGACUCAAACUUAAACCCUAACCCUAAUAAAAACCCCAAGGUUGAAAUGUUCUUCUCAAUUUAGACCAUAAACUUUCUUCGCCCAGCACAGUUUUGAUGCACGAACAACUCUUUCUAAUGCUUUUAACAUGCCUAUCAAUCAAUUUUGCUCUAUCCCUGGCUGCUUCUUUUGCAUCAUGAAGGAACAGGAUUCAUCUCUGAGGAGAAAUGCAAUAUCAGAAUACUUGAAAUACAUGCCUCUGAUAGAUGAUGAAGAACUUAUUCUCGUUGUUAGUGGGAUAUGGAACAUGGCGAUGACUCGACCAGACGAUCAAGAACUUCCCCAUCUUGGUGUCUUUGAGUGCAUGGCAAAUCUUAUAAGAAAAUCUGUCGAUGAUAGAUCAUGGCUAUUCAGAAAUCAGAAUAUAUACAUUUCCUAUUAUGCAGCACACAUAAUUGGUUCCUAUACUAUGAACAAUGCUGAGUUCGCGAUAAAAGCGGUGGAAUCAGGUGUCAUACCACCAUUAAUGGAGCUGCUGAGGGGAAAAAUGAGUUGGGUGGAGCAAAGGGUUGCUGUUAGAGCGCUUGGCCAUCUUGCAAGCUAUGAGAAGACCUUCAAAUCCGUAGCAAUAUACGAAGAAGAGUUAGUUAAAUUAUCCAUGAACUUGGCUUCUACCUGUCUAGAAAUUGUUUAUACCAUGUUUGUGGGAAUUAAGGAUACUAACAAGAGAUUAAAGUAUCAUUCUGACUUGCUGGCUAGAGGGGUAGGUGGAAUCGACAUGGAGAAUCAGAAGGCAGAAGAAUGGGCUAGCCAACUUCAAUGUUGGUGUAUACAUCUUCUGAACUGUUUUGCCACAAAAGAGAGAUCUUUGGACAUUAUAUGCAAGCAAGAAUUUCUAGAGGAUUUAUGUGAAAUGUGGGGUGGUUUGGUAAAUCAUUCAUCACCUGCAGGAGUUGGAUUAAUUAGAAUUCUAUGUUAUACUAAAGUUGGAAGAAAAUGUAUUGCAGAAUCAAGAUAUGUAAUUGUGAAUCUGUGUAGUCUCUCUAGAUCCUCAGAUGAUUGGCAGUACAUGGGAAUUGAUUGUCUUCUUUUACUUCUCAAAGAUCCAGAAACCAGGUACAAAAUCAUUGAAAUCUCCACCUCGUACCUUAUUGAUUUGGUUGAACUUAGGACGCUUGCAAUUAGACCGAACUUUGGUGCAACAAUCACAAGAGUGCUUCUCAACGAUUUUAGACGUAAAAGUAAAAUCAUGAAUGCUAAUGUUCAAAGGGAAUUAGAAGAAAUAUGGAGUUUGAAGGUAGAAAGAAGCAAUAGAGAGAAAGCUACUUCUGAUGAGAAACUUGAAGAAAAAAGGGUUCUGGUAAAUCUACUAAAGCAAGAAGGAAAUCAUAGAUUUGUGGUGGGAGAGAUUGAUGAAGCAGUGUUGCAAUAUACAGAAGCUAUAGAGUUGUGCCCUUUAAGGUACACUAAUGAAAGAAUUGUGCUUUACAGCAAUAGAGCACAGUGUAAUUUGCUGCUGAGAGAUCCUGAUGCUGCAAUCAGUGAUGCAACGAGAGCUCUUUGCCUUUCGAGCCCACCAAAUUCUCAUUCCAAAAGCCUAUGGAGAAGAUCACAGGCAUAUGACAUGAAAGGGAUGGCUAAAGAGAGCUUAAUGGACUGUAUUAUGUUCAUCAAUGGCUGUAUAAAAUCAAAAAAGUCACCUAAUCAAGUAAAAAUCCCAUAUUACGCAGUACGUAUGAUCAGCAAACAGAUGGACUCAACAUGGCUCUUUAAAGCUUCUCAGUUAAAGAAAUCGACCAAUCUUCCUGAAAUAGAAAAACCACUGUGUGAUGAUGACGAAAGUGGCCACAGAGAGCAAACAAAUGAAAGAAUUAUAAGGAUUCUGAAGCAAAAGAAAAGUUUCAAAUCAGGUCUUUCUACAAUUUUGGAAGAACCUUUGUUUGGAAAAGGUGGCAACAGGGGGAGGAAUUAACAAUGAGCAAAUAGGAAGAAAGACGAUUUUGUUGGUUUAGCUAAUAUGGACAUAUAUACAAGCUGAGACACCAAUCUUGGAUCAAAGAAUGUGGUUGCAGAUGGUGCCGAGUAGUGAGCACAUCUUCAAGGUGAUUAUUAAAUUAAAGGAUAGGUGAGAGACUCGCUUAUUAAUUUUUUCUUGAACUAAAUGAAAGUCAAUCGCUAUAUGCUUCGGGAGAGCAACAUCGAAUUAGCACAAAGGUAGGUUUCUCUAACAUUACACAGGUGCUCUUCAUGGCGAUCAGUGGCCCAAUCUUCAUGAGAAAAAGCAUGGAGGAGAUGUCUUUGUCCUUGUAAAAUUAAGAGUUACUUUUUGUAUUCAAUUAAAGUUAAACGUUAAUUUUAACCACAC